AUGGCGAGCGCUUGUAACGAAGCAGCGGCAGCGGAGACGCAGCUCAAGCAGUGGAUCAGCAAUGGCAUCAUUACCUUUGAUCUCAUCCAGAAACUGAUCGCUUCCUCUGCCCCCCCUCUCUCAGUUCCUCCGGGCUCUGCAUGCUCGACCUCCAGCUCACAGGGUGACCCUAGGCUUGCCGUCGAGGCGACGCCGGCGUCGUCUCCUCCUGCUUCUGCUCUUGUCAGAAAGCGACGGACUCCUGACUCGUCUGACUCCGAUCAGUCUGACGAGUAUUUCAUGGAUACGGAGAGUGAGGAGGAGCUGGACGUGUCGUCCUUGCCCCCGGAGCUUGGCGACCAAACCCGCCUGAAUCAGCGGGACAUGGCAAGGCGAUUGUCCAUCGACAUGUCGGAGGACGAGAUCGUCAAGCGCGUGCUGGGAAUCGUGUUCCCGGACGGAGAUCCUGCGACUGUCCGCAAGAUGGCGAGCUACCGCUUCGACGUCGCCGCAGCUGUGCGCAUGGCGGUCAGGAAGCUCAAGAGCGCGAGGGAGCGGGGAGGAUGGAAGAGGUUCGACGUGUCGGAGGGAGGAGACCUGCCGGAGAUCAUAGCAGGUGGGGUAACGCAGAACGGAAAGACCAAGAUCAAGGUCCUUGGUAUCAUCACAGCAGGGCUGCUGGGCAUCGGGACCAUCCUCCUCUCCACCACCCACCGCGGGGUGCAGACCCUGACAGACAAGAUCAACGCCGAGCUGGGCAGGCUGGUGGACAAGAAGCUGGGGAUAGAGUGCAUCUGUCUUACGGCCGUUCAGAGGCCCACUGCCUACCCCGGCAUCCUCCUCAAGUACCUCCAGACCGGCUGCUGCACGCUCCCUGACUCGGCCUAUCGUAUCCGCCAGAUGUGCUCCAUCCUCCAGCAGACGAACCCGGCCGAGUAUCCAUGCCAGCUCAUCAUGGACGAGGCAGACUCCUUCUAUCGCAACCGCCGUGCGCUCGUGGGAGCUGACGACGAGGAGUCGCUGUGCCGCAGGCAGAGCCGGAUUACCCAGCUAGAGGAGGCCCUGGAUCAGCUUCGAGGAGUCGCCCACCUGGUGCUCCGCUGGAACGUCUCUGCGACGCUCGUCCCGGUCUUCCUCCACCUCCAGGACAAGCGCGGCGGGGUCGACACACAGUCGAUCCUCUACACGAAGCCGGAGGGGGACUACAUCGGGGUGGUUGACUUCAAGCCCCUGGUGGUGGACGGGGAGGAGCAGUUCAUCGAGUACGGGGACCUCAAGCCCAGCAACCUCUACUGCAACGAUCUGACGGACGAGAUGUUCCGGCAGGCCUUUAGCAAGGACAAGUCUCUUACGCUCGUCAUGAACAACAGCCGGGUCAACGCUAUCAACAACGUCUUCGACCUCGCCACCAGCCUCCAGCGGGACUACCCGCACGUCGCCGCCCUCGUCAUCGUGGGAGGACCCCGAGGCAUCUCCUACUUCCCUCCGCCUGCCCCUAAGGCUCCACUCAACGGCCCGGCUCCGAGCAAGGAUGAGCUGAACACGAAGCCGCAGAUCUCAGUCAGUCAGGCCAUCGAGAUGGUCGACCGACACGCCGGGCUCGACACUCCUCUUGUCAUUGUCGGCUACUCGCAGAUGAUCCGGGGGGACUCCUUCAGGAGCUCCCUCCGCGUCCCCACCCACCUCAUCUGCGCCUUGGGAACAGCCAUGAGCAUUGAGAAGAUGGUGCAGGCGAUGGGGAGAGCGACGUACCAGAACAGCACGCUCGAGAGCAACGGCUUCUCCCAUGUCACCGUCCUCACCUACGCCAUGGACUACGACACGGCCCAGGCUUACCCGCAGUGGCUCCUUGAGAUGGAGACGAAGCUAGCUGAAGGCAUGAUGCUGCCAGAAGCGCUUUCGAGCUCCGCUCAGUACACGGACAAGGCCAACUUUACCUUCCGCCAGCGGAAGCCCAUCGGUCAGAAGAAGGACAUGCUCAGCUUGGACGUCUCCUACUCCCGCCCCCAGCCGGGCCAGGAGCGAGCGGGACGCCGAUGGCUCGACCGUCGCAUGAGAAGCAACCCAGUGGCCAGCAAGCUCAUUGAGCUGGCUAAGAGGCAUGCGGAGAGCUUCGAGUCCUACAUGCAGGAGCUGACUGAGGACGACUUCGCGGUGGGGUUGACGGCCCGCGAGUAUUGCGAUGAGUGGAACAAGAGCGUGUCGGAGGGAGAGGCGGCCUCCCUCAACUUCGUGACGAGCAACCUGACCAAACUCGUCGACAACGGCAUCAUGAAGCGAUCCCAUGACAAGCCAGCGAGAUACUGGCUGCCAUGCGAGGAGAUCUGA